AAUCCAAAACUUCUCAACUCUACUUCGAAUUUGAUAAUCACGUGCACUCUGAGGAAAAAGGACCUUCACGUGCAGCUCGAAGAGGACGAGCGGGAAUCCUUCGUCCUCUCGACGAGUUCCAGUCAGGCAGGCGAAGUGGACCCGGAUUCCUUCACAGCCCCCGACGAUAAUCGAGAGACCUGGGGAUCGAACACAGACUUUUUAUUAUCCAAUGUGAUCUUACAGAUUAAUUAGCGUAACUGACUUUACGAAAAUAAUUUUCAAUUUAUGUUUCUUUCCGCAGGUGCCUUUUUAGUUCCUUACACUCUGAUGUUGGUGUUUGGUGCUGUACCUUUGUUCUAUAUGGAACUGAUUCUAGGUCAGUUUUAUAGACAAGGUCCAAUAAGCUUGUGGAGAAUAUGUCCACUUUUUAAAGGUGUGGGAUUUUGUGCCGUUCUUGUUUCAUUUUAUGUAUCCUUCUACUAUAACGUUAUUUUAGCUUGGGCUUUAUAUUUCAUCGGAUCCAGUAUAACAUCGGAUCUACCCUGGAUCCACUGUAAUAAUACGUGGAACACAGAAAAGUGUUGGGACAGUAUGAACUCCAAUGGUUCGCAGAAAGUAAUGAAAUUAUUGAAUGAAACUGCAAGAAACAGUAAACAUACGCCUGCAUCUGAAUUUUUUAACCGAGCGGUACUUGAGAUGCAGUGGAGCGAUGGACUGCAUGACAUGGGUUACCCAAAAUGGCAACUAGUCGUAUGUUUACUUGUGAUUUAUUUCCUCCUUUACAUUUCCCUUUUCAAAGGAGUGAAAUCGACAGGUACGGUGUGGAUGGAUGCUGCCGUUCAAAUAUUUUAUUCAGUUGGAGCUGGAUUCGGCGUGCAUCUCUCAUAUGCCAGUUAUAAUACUUUUCACAAUAACUGUUAUAGAGAUUGCAUCAUCACAACGAUAAUCAAUUGUUUCACAAGCUUUUUCUCCGGAUUCGUUAUAUUCACCUAUUUGGGUUAUAUGUCAUACAAACAAGGUGUUCAUAUCAGUUCGGUGGCAACUGAAGGGCCGGGGCUUGUUUUCCAAGUAUAUCCUGAAGCAGUGGCAACUUUGCCAGGAUCCCAACUGUGGUCGAUAUUGUUUUUUUUUAUGUUGAUAAUGUUGGGAGUCGAUUCGGCUAUGGGAGGUUUAGAAUGUGUUAUAACCGGCCUCAUGGAUGAAUUUUCCAGUUUUUUCAGGAACCGGAGGUACUCUAGAGAAAUUUUCACACUGGGAAUUAUCAUAUGCUCGUUUUGUGUUGCCCUUAUCAACGUGACUCCGGGAGGUAUUUACAUGUUUCAUCUAUUCGAUACAUAUUCUGCUGGUAUAUCUUUACUAUGUUCGGCAAUUUUUGAAUCUGUUGCGGUGUCAUGGUUUUACGGUUUGGAUAGAUUUUCGCAAGAUGUUGAAGCAAUGCUAGGGAUCACGCCAGGACUCUAUUGGAGAAUUUGUUGGAAAUUCAUCAGUCCUUGUUUCAUUAUUUGCGUAGUGAUGUUUGGUUUAUUCCACCACCAACAACUCCAGUACAAUGACUACAACUAUCCACCAUGGGCAGAAUGGGUGGGAUGGGCUUUAACUUUGUCAUCUAUUUCCAUGAUUCCAUUAUUUGCGAUCAUUCAAAUUCUUAAAACGAAAGGUUCUUGUAGGGAGAGACUUGCAUUGAGUAUUUCUCCAUUGGAAGAGCAUGAAGAAAUUCGAAGAACUAAGUUAUCCCAUAGGUUCAAAGCCAAGCACUGGCUGUAUGUCUAGGGAAUAGGAGUGAUGUAAUUAUUACAAAGUAUUCAUUGUGAUGAGAAUUUGAAAAAGAAGCAUUUGUUGUACUUGUAGAAAGUCGUAAAGUAGUAGUACUUACUGAUUUCAA